UUCCCUUCACCAGACUCGCCGUUACUGACCAACAGUUCAAACGGCAUCGUUUCUUUGAAAACUAUCAUUUUCCCUUGACUUCUAAGCUUCAAACGGAAAUACCAUUUCACCUCCACUGUUUCACCGAACUGAUAAGCAUCAAGACAACAUCAAGAUCGUUUCUUUUCUCAAAAUUCUCGAACCUUAACAAAAAUCAUCAAUUGGGUUGUCUUUUGUUUCAAUAAAAACAAUGCAGAGUUGGUUUUCAAGCAGUGGAGAAGAUCAGCAACAAGAAAAGCCCGCAUCUUCUUUGUUGGCUGAUUGGAACUCAUAUGCAGCAACAAGCAAUUCAAAUGAAUCCUCUACUGGAUUAGCCAGCAUCGGUAGCUUUGAUCUUGAAGCUGCUGUUCGCUCUGCUAAUGACACUGUUUCUGGCACCUUCAAUGUGGUUUCUAAAGGUGUGAGUGGGAACUUCCAGUCUGCCACCAGUAACAUCCCUUCAGGAAAAGCUCUUAUGUAUUUUGGUUUAUUUCUAGCAACAGGCGUGUUCUUUGUUUUCACUUCAUUUGCCCUGUUCCUUCCUGUCAUAGUACUCGUGCCCCAGAAGUUUGCUAUCUGUUUUACACUUGGUUGUGGCUUUAUCAUUGCGUCAUUCUUUGCACUCAAGGGUCCCAAGAAUCAACUUGCUCACAUGUCAUCGAAAGAGAGGCUUCCAUUUACUUUGGGAUUCAUAGGCAGUAUGGUGGGUACCCUAUAUGUUUCCAUGGUGCUUCACAGCUAUUUUCUAUCUGUGCUAUUCUCUGUGAUACAGGUUCUCGCCCUUGCAUACUAUGCGAUAUCCUACUUCCCUGGUGGAUCUGCUGGGCUGAAAUUCCUCUCAUCUUCCCUGACCUCAUCAGUGAUGAGACGUUUCGGGAGUUGACAUUGGCUGCCAUGCCCAUUUUUCCCUUGUAUAUCUUUCCUUUUCCUUGGCUUCUUGUUCUGCUAGUGUAUCUAGAAAGUAGGAACUGCGAGGCAUGUUCCUGAAUAGCAGCUUUCAGCUUGAAUACUUUGGUUGCCUUUACUCUAGUCUGAACUCUUAAAAAAGAAAUGGAGAGUGAAAUUCGAAGUC